AUGUCCUCGUCAGAGCAAGCAAUCUUUUCUCAGGAUGCAGGGAAGCAUCAAGACAACGAGACCGUCCGGGAGCAAUCCGCCCUCAGCCAGGAGGACGUCGAGAACGGCAAUGAGCCCAGUGUUGCCGAGAUUGAGCGGAUCUACAGAAAACUGGAUUAUCGCAUCAUCCCCGCGUUCUGGGUCCUCUACUUCCUCUGCUCCGCCAUCCGCUCCAAUGUCGGACUGGCGCAGACGAUGAACAUGGACGUGGGCCACGACCUCGGGUCCGUCCUGCACCUGACGCCGCACCAGAUCUCGACCGGUCUGGCCCUGUUCUACGUCUGCUACGUUGUAUUUGAUCUGCCGUCGAACCUGGUCAUGACCCGGCUCAGCCCGCAUGUCUGGAUGAGCCGGAUCGUGAUCAGCGUCGGCAUCAUCGGCAGCUGCAUGGCAGCCAUGAAAUCGGCAUGGAGUUUAUACCUCCUCCGUCUGCUGCUCGGCGUCUUCAUCGCCGGCAUGUGGCCCGGCAUGGCCUACUACCUCACCCUCUUCUACCCGCCGUCCCGCACGGGCAAACGCAUCGGCCAGUACUUCACCGCGGCGCAGAUCUCCGCCGCCGUCGUGGGGCUCGUCUCCGCCGGCUUCCAGGAGAUGGAUGGCGACCGCGGCCUCGUAGGCUUCCAGUGGAUGUUCCUCAUCUACGGGAUCAUCACCAUCGCCGUCGGCGUCGUGCUGCUCUGGUGGCUUCCGGACCGCCCUGUCGCCCCUGCAGAGCAACAGCAACAGCAACAGCAACCCCGCAAAUACCUCCACUGGCUGCCGCGCAGCCCGCCGGCGCUCACCGGCCGCGACGCCGAGAUCCACUACAACGACCUGCGGCGCGUCUACCACCGGUCGCAGUGGACGCUGCGCGACCUGCUGCGGAUCUUCCUCGACUGGCGCCUAUGGCCGCUGCUGGUCAUGUACUUUGGCGUGGUGGGCGUGGGUAUCGGGGUGCAGAACUACGCAACCGUGAUCAUCAAGGGGAUCAACCCAGGUCUGUCGGGGAUUGAUCUGAGUCUCCUGACAGCCCCGAUCUGGCUUAUGGACCUCCUCGGCAUCCUCCUCGUGACCCCCUUCUCCGACCGCUUCCACCACCACCGCGCCCUCUUCUUCUCCCUCCCCGCCGCCCUCCAGAUCCUCGGCCUCCUCCUCACCACCUACGCCGGCUCCGCCGCAAACCCCUGGCCGCGCUACGGCGGCCUCCUCAUCGUCGGUUUCGGCCUCGGCCCCACCGUCCCCAUCACCAUGUCCUGGACCACAGAGCUCUUCCAGCGCCGUCACGGCGAGGUCGGCGUCGCCGCCGCCGCCGCCGUCGUCUCCGGCUGGGGAAACUGCGGCAGCAUCCUCACCUCCUACGCGCUGUAUGCCGGCUGGGCCGCCGACAGCAAGGCUCCCGGCCGUGCCAAGUUCCGCAAAAGUAACCUCGUCAUGGUCGGCAUCCUGUGUGCGAGUAUCCUGGCGUCGGUGGUGUUGCAGGCUUCGCUGUGGGCGGUGGAGCGCCGGAGGCGCAGUCGUGGUGGUGCUGCUGCGGCUGGUGAGAAUGGCGAGGACGCCGGCAAGAUUGUCGACGGGGCUGCUAGGCGUGAGGCGCGUCAACGUGGGUUGGAAGGGCUGGGAUCGGCGGGGAUUCUGCGCUUCUUUAAGAAGAGGACUUGA